AUGGCGACAGAGAGGUCGCAACCGGCAGCGGCCACGCAACAGGUACAACAGCCACCACAUCAAGGCGCUCCAGCAUCUACUGCGGCAUACACGGCUGCCUCCCCACCAUCGAAACGAGAACUGGCAUCGUGGUGGAAGAAGUUUCGAAAGAAUACUGAAAAGAAUGAAGAGAAUGCUCGAAUCUCGCCGGGGAUUUUUGGAGUGCCUCUAGCUGAAAGCAUUAGAUACGCCAAUGUUGCAAUUUCUCUUACGAACGAAUCGGGCGAAAGCUUCAUCUAUGGCUAUGUUCCCAUUGUGGUUGCCAAAUGUGGUGUCUUCCUGAAAGAGAAGGCAACUGACGUGGAGGGAAUAUUCCGACUCAGCGGUUCCGCGAAGCGAAUCAAGGAUCUUCAGACCAUUUUUGACUCCCCAGAAAGAUAUGGUAAAGGGCUAGACUGGACAGGAUACACUGUUCACGAUGCAGCAAACAUUUUCCGACGGUACCUUAAUCAGCUUCCGGAACCAAUCGUGCCGUUAGACUUCUACGAACGCUUCAGAGAUCCUCUUCGAUCACACCAAGCGCAAGCAGUCGGUGAUAUGGAGGCUCAAGAGCAUGACGUUGGAAACUUUGAUCAUAAUAAUGCGGUUUCUACAUAUCAAAGAUUGAUCACCGAGCUCCCGCCUCUCAACCGCCAGUUACUGCUCUAUGUCCUUGAUCUGCUGGCUGUGUUCUCAUCAAAGUCGGAUCUCAACCGGAUGAAUUCGGCCAAUCUUGCUGCCAUUUUCCAGCCUGGCAUCAUAUCCCACCCUUCACAUGAUAUGGCGCCGAAGGAAUAUCGCCUCAGUCAAGACGUGCUCAUCUUCCUCAUAGAGAAUCAGGACAACUUCCUAUUUGGUAUGAGCGGCACAGCUGUCGACGAAAAAACUGUGAAGGAUAUGGAAAGUGGACCACCCACAAUGGUUUCUCCUAAGGCCACCAUGGGUCGUUCAGCCUCGAAUGCUAGUGCAGGCGCAGAUAGCUUACGAAAGUUUGGACGAAGAAACUCGGUGUCUUCAAGGCAUUCAAAGGCUUCGACUGGUGCCCCUAGCCCUGGCACUCCAGGCACUCCGUUGACAAAUACGACUUCGGCAGGUGGUGUGCAACGGAGCAACACAUUGCCAACCAAGAAAUCUCCAGCAUUAGCCUCGGCAAGAUUUCAGAGGUCAGUUGAGCCUGCUACAGCAAUGCCUUCAGACCGGACUCCGGUAUCAACCACUGGAAUAGUUGCCGGAAGGUUAGCCGUUCAACAAGCAGAGUCGCCCGACACACCUUCGUAUUCUAAACCGACGAAGGAUCAGGAGGUUGUGGAAGAUACCAACCGCAACACAGCACCAGGGACUGAUACUACGCCAGAGCAGAAGCCUAAGCUGCCAAAUCUGCCCACCAACCUGGUGGUGGUUCCUAGUGUAAAGAGUCCUACUCGAGAACGCAAGAUAUCUCACCUCUUUGCAAGGUCACCCAUUCUUGGCCCUAGAGAAAGCGACAGCGAACAGAAGGAUGGACGGCAGCCCAACAAGCUGAGAAAGAAGCAACGAUUACCUGGGAGUGCCAACGACAGUGCGCAUAGCUCGCAGAAUUCAUUACAGGCAGACGUCGCUGGACCUCAGACGUUCCACACACCACUUGCUUCUCCUGAACUUCUCAGUCACAGCCGACCCGAUCCUCUUGCAGCCUUUCAUCCUUCUGUAUCCAGUGACACCGCUACACCCACUGCAGAAGCGCCAUAUGGCAUUCGACAUUCUGAACCUGUUACUACCCAGGACACUAGUGGGCAAGAUCAAGCUGGCAGUAACCUCCAGCCACCUAGAUCCCCGGAAACGUCGGUCCACUCUCGCUCAUCAUUUUCAGACUUUGAAGGAGGUGAAGAUCUGCCCGUGAAGAGUAGUGGCCACCGCCAUCGCUGGCGCUUCUCUUCUUCGCAGAAAAAGAACGGAGAGUCUCCACUUGCACCUCCUCCUCGAAUCGGACAGAAUGCGGGCGCUCGAGGCAGCAACAGUUCUCUUGGCAGUUCACAUCGACCUCGCAAGAGUUUCACAGGUGAUUCUCAACAGACGCAGCAGACCGGAACCGACACUUCCAGCCAGCGUGCGAAUCCGCCCCCUCGAUUGAGCCAAGAAUCAUCCGAGCUCCUCAAGGAUAGUGGCUCCGAGCCGGAAAAGAAGGGCUUAUUUGGGAAAUGGAAAGCCAAGAUCGCACAUUCAAAAGAGGAGAGAAAGGAGCGAGAUCUGGAAAAGGAGAGGGCAAAGAGUCCAGGAAGAAGUGAGGGCGAACGUACUGGAUCAAGGCACAAUCUCACCGCUUUUGCACAAGACCAUCUGCCUCAUCGAGGGAGAAGCAUGGAACAGCAGAGGGAAGCCGCGCUACCAAGCGUCAGCGAGACUACUCCUGGGACUGAUACCAUGUCGCCCGUGCCGCCAACACCCGUUACAGCUAUCAAGACUGUGGCAGAGACGACUCAUGACCAGGUCACAGCGAAUGUGCAGGGCCAGACAUCAACAGCUCAGUCACCGACGACUGCAAGUUCGAAAGGAAAGGACCAAUGA